GGAAAAAAAAUUUGAAAAUCAUAUUUUGUAGUUUUCCUAUGUUUUAGUAGGGUGAUUUCUAUAUAUACAUUUCGUGAAUUUUUCUUCAGUCGUUUUGUCGAUUUGCCAGUGUUCCUCUCCGAAGGUGAAUUGUCUGUCUCCCAAUGCUGUGGAAAUUCAUCUGCGGAAAUCAGUUGGCUAACUCCAAAUUCUUCCGACAUCCGUCCGCCCUAAACAUAGCAAAACGCCAACUCUUCUCGCCGCCGGAUUCCGAAAGCGCCGACACAGCUCCGCCCAACUUGUCCGGUGGUUCCACUCCGGAGGAAUCUCUGGUAACGGGAUGCGACUACAACCAUUGGCUUGUUGUCAUGGACCCGCCGGAUGGGUACCCUCCCAGAGACCAGAUUGUCCUUCGCUAUGUCCAAACUCUCUCUCUAGCCAUCGGAAGGGAAGAAGAGGCAAGGAGAGCAAUAUACUCUGUUUCAACAAAGUAUUACUAUGCAUUCAGUUGUAAAGUUCCAGAAGAGCUUAUUCAUACCAUCCAAUCUUUGCCUGGUGUGAGAUGGGUGUUGCCAGAUUCUUACUUGCAUCCCUAUGAAGAAGGCUAUGGAGGAGAGCCAUUUGUCAACGGAGAGGUCGUUCCAUAUGACGAUAAGUAUCAUAGGAGUUGGCUGUGUUGUGAAGAUGAUACCCCUAAGAAAACCCGCCGUAAAAGGAAGGGGAAGAACAAAUUGCAGGCUGGAGUUUAGAGUUUCACCUAUUCUUCUGUAUUUCUACUGUCUUAUUCUGUAACUGUGACUAAAGAAACAAGUGUCUGUGGA